AUGCCCGCUGCACCCUCUGCAGGAGAACAUCAUCGCGGUUCCCUUCAUAUAGCAGCUUCGUCCGUUAUUCCGCUUAUAUGCUUCACAACGAUUUGGAUCACCACAUCUGUUGGGCAGGUUGUCUUGGUGAAGUACUUCCAGUUGGUGCUGAAUCCUCAGCUGCCCUGGCUGCUGGCUGAUCUGGCCGGAAUAGGAUUUGUCAUCGUCAUUCCAAUGUACAUCUUUUUCUGUGUGAAAAGAGUUCGCUAUGAGAAAAAGGAGCGCAUCGGAUCGUCUACUCUGGGAGAUCUGUUUUGGGCACCGUAUGGUACGGGGAGAAUAAAAUACCAUAUUUUGGGCGGCCUUCUUACAGGGUUUCAGCUACUCUGUAUUUCUUUCGCAUUGAAGAUGCUGCCAGGCAGUACUUUCACGGUGGUCCGCGGUAGCGAGCUUUUGAUCACUCUGAGUCUAUCGCUGUUCUUUUUCGGAAAACCUUAUAACAUGUACCACUACCUUGGCGUGAUAGCGAUGAUUAGUGGAGGCGUGAUGGUUUCUAUGGCCACCGCCGAGCAGGAGAAGGUCCAUCGUGAGGGAAUCAAUGUCGCCGCUGGAGCCGCUAUCACGUUCUUCGGCGUGGCAUUUACGAGCUGCUCCCAAGCCGUGUUGGUUGAAUGGCUGUAUCACCACAAUGUGAUGGUGAAGAAGCGAUAUGAUCAUCUUAUGGAAAUAUCAUUAUAUACGACUUUGUGGACGGCGAUUGUGCUAAUAGUUGGCACUUAUUUUUUCUCAGGAGGGGAAUAUCAUUUAUGGGGAACUACUAUUUCGGAAGCGAUAUCUGCCUCCCCGGUCACCACAUGGCUGUGCCUUAUCGGUCUGACUAUCUCUCGUGCUUUGGCCAUGACCACCAAAGUCGGCGUAACUGUGCACUCGGACGCCAUGUUCAACAGGUCGCUCACUACCAUCCGUAGGGUCUGUCAGAUAUCGUCCAUGGCUAUCUUAUUCCACGAGCAUCUUUCGGCUUUGGCAUUGAUUGGUAUAUUUGUGAGCAUCGCCGCGAGUUCGCUCUAUGCUGCUGCAGACUUCAUCCAUGUGAUGCUCGGUCAGCGUCCCUUGGGGCUCGGAGGUCUACUGGUUGUCUUGGUGAAGUACUUCCAGACGAACUUGCAUCCGCAGCUGCCAUGGUUGCUGGCUGAUCUCGCGGGCGUUGGGUUCAUAUUUGUGAUUCCUUUCUAUAUCGCCUUCUGCUUAAGAAGAGUGAAGUUCGAAAAGGAAAAAGAGGAAAAUCCCUCGACGAUGAUGGAUUUGUUCAUGGCACCAUAUAGAACUGGCAGGAUCAAGUGGCACAUUUUGGGAGGACUUUUCACCGGCUGCCAACUCCUCUGCAUCUCCUUUGCAUUGAAGAUGUUGCCGGGCAGCACUUUCACUGUGGUCCGUACUUGCGAGCUCCUCAUCACUCUAGUCAGUUCGAUCGUACUGUUGGGGAAGGUCUUCAAUCGUUUCCAUUACGUCGCCGUAGCGGCGAUGCUCAUUGGGGGUGCUAUUGACUCCUUCGCUACGCAGCAUGAUGAUAAGGUGUCAAAGCAGGAUGUCCAGGUCGUGGCUGGAGUGCUUAUUACUUUUUUCGGCGUGGCGCUGGCGAGCUCGUCCCAAGCAGUUCUGGUCGAGUGGCUGUAUCAACACAACAUCAUGGUUAAGAAGCGAUAUGAUCACUUAAUGGAAAUCUCCCUAUACACCACGUUCUACACAUGUGUCGCUCUGAUGCUCGGAACGUUCCUGUUCUCUGGAGAUGAACCUCAUUACUGGUACCAGGCUCUCAGUGAUGCCAUUCGAGCUGCUCCGUUUACUACUUGGUUGUGUCUUAUCGGCUUGACUAUGUCUCGUGCAGUGGCCAUGACAUCGAAAGGUUGGUGUCACGGUCCACUCGGACGCUAUGUUCAACAGAUCUCUCACUACACAAACCUCGGUGCUCGCAGGAGCGCACGCCUCGCUGCCAAGGAAGGCGCGACGGCACCACUUUUACAGGAAAACCACGUCCUGGGAAAAGCUGCUUGA